AUGAACGGUACUAACGGGACAGAGGUCCGACCUAAGGUCCUUGUACCUGAGAAGCUUUCUCCUGACGGUUUAGCACUGCUUCGGAAAACUCUCGAUGUUGACGAGAAGAAAGGGUUGACUCCAGAACAACUCAUCGAAAUCAUACCAGAAUAUGACGCCCUACUCGUCAGGUCAGAGACCAAGGUCACUGAAGCCUUGUUACAAGCUGGCAAGAAGCUCAAGGUUGUGGCACGGGCAGGCGUAGGAGUGGACAAUGUUUCUGUACCAGCCGCCACGAAGCUAGGCAUCGUCGUUGUCAACAGUCCUCAAGGCAACAUACAAGCAGCAGCCGAGCACACUAUUGCCCUCCUUAUGUCGAUGGCGCGAAAUAUCCCAGACGGAUGUGCAAGCACAAAGGCUGGCAAGUGGGAGCGAAGUCGUCUUGUUGGUGUCGAGGUCAAAGGCAAGACCUUGGGCAUCAUUGGCCUAGGCAAAGUCGGUCUGAUUGUUGCUCGUAUGGCUCGAGGUUUAGGCAUGAACGUUACAGCCAGCGAUCCUUAUGCUUCUCCUCAAGUCGCUGCCGCGAACAACGUUACACUAGUCCCAACACUGCAAGAGUUACUUCCUCUCGUCGACUUUCUCACGAUACAUACACCUAUGCUAGCCUCUACCAAAGGAAUGAUGUCGACGAACGAGAUCAACCUCAUGAAGCCCGGAGCUCGCAUUCUCAACGUGGCCAGAGGCGGUAUCAUAGACGAAAUCGCUCUCCUGGAUGCACUCAACAGCGGCCACCUCGCAGGAGCUGCAAUAGACGUAUUCUCCUCCGAACCACCAACCAAAGACGCUGAAAGCACAGCCGCAAAACUGGUAGCACAUCCACGCUGUGUCGCAACUCCCCAUCUCGGCGCCAGCACAGUCGAAGCUCAAGAAAACGUCUCCAUCGACGUCUGCGAGCAAGUCCUCGACAUCCUAAGCGGCGCCCUCCCACGCUCCGCAGUCAACGCACCAAUCAUCCUACCUGCCGAAUACAAAACUCUCCAACCCUUUGUCAAACUCGUCGAAAAGAUCGGGAGCAUCUACAUGCAACACUUCACCUCUUCCUCCACCACCACCUCCCCCUUCCGCAACCACUUCGACCUCAUCUACGAAGGCGACCUGGCCUCCAUGUCCUCGACCAAACCCCUCUUCGCCGCCCUAAUCAAAGGCCUCCUGAGCCCCAUCAGCGACUCUGCCGGCCUGAACAUCAACAUCGUCAAUGCCGAAGCCCUCGCCAAAGAACGCGGCAUCUUCGUCAACGAGCAGAAAUCCCGUGAUCCCUCUGGCCCUUCACCAUACAGCUCCCUGGUAACACUCGUCGCACGCCCACCCAGCCGUCCCAACAGCGUCACGCGCAUCGCGGCCGAAGACCUCGCGAGCAAAGGCAGUAAGAGCCAACACAUCAUCUCAGGGUACAUCUCCGAUAACCGCCCGUUCAUCUCCCGCCUCGACCGCUUCAGUACAUCGUUCGUCCCUGCCGAUGGUGCUACCCUCCUCAUCUGCCAUAACUACGACGCACCGGGCAAAAUCGGUGUCGUUGGCUCGAUAUUAGGUCGAGAGGGCGUGAACAUCAAUUACAUGUCUGUGGCACCUGCGUCGUUUCCGGGCGAUAAUAAGUUCCUGCCGGGGAGUGGUGUGCAUACGCCGAGUUUGAGUGGUGGAGAGGCGGAUGGGCAGAAGAUGAGGGAGGGACAGAAGGAGGCGUUGAUGAUCCUGAAUGUGGAUGGGGGGGUUGGGCAGGAUGUUGUGAGGGAGUUGAUUGGGGCGGGGGGUGUGUUGAGUGUGAGUGUUGUUAGUCUAUAG